AUGGCUUCAAGAGUUUGUACCUAUAAGGACUGUGAGAAUUACUAUCUUAUCAACGACAGCACCUCAACAACACUCUUCGCCCCUCCCAAGCAGCCGGAACGUGCACAAAUCUGGCGCAAAAAUGGACGGGUUCACCCGAAGAUUCCGCCACACAAAAUGUUUAUGUGCUUCGAACACUUUGAUAAGAAAUACAUAUCGUGCAGCAAGAAUCGCAAGAUAUUAGUAGGCGAGGCGGUGCCAUAUCCUUACGAAGGUUCGCCCGAGCCGGAGGAGGCGGAGGCUCUUGAACAAGUGGCGUCGACAUCCUCGCAGGAAAGUUACUUCAUAAAUCUGAUCGACAGCGACGAGCUGAGCAUCAACAAUGUGGAGUCAACCACAGGCAGUUCCAAGCGCAUGGUAACACUGCCACAGACUUUUAAGAAUGGUAUUGAAAUUAGUCUUGCGCCACCUUCCACCAAACGCUCGAGAACCACUGUUGAGCUAAUACCACUUUCAGAGCCCCCUGCAAAGCAGGAGCCUUCUGUUGUCGAAGACCAGGCAAUAGACCCCACAGAGGUAUCGACGUUCAUCUUCAAAGGCGAGGAAUAUGUGCAAAUGUCUAAGUCGUAUUAUAUGCGCGAAAAGCGGGAAAUUGCGCAGCAGCUGAGGCAAUAUAAGACCAUACUCAAGAAUAUUAAAGAAUAUUUCCAAGAUGAAUCCCUAGAUAUAUAGAUAGUAUUAUAUUUAAACAUCGUGCCACCAAAACUCACUAGAAUAAAUCCAGCUAUACAUCUUUUUA